CUGGCACCAUGCAAGGGGGUUGGGCAGCAUGGCUUCCCAGUGCACAAGGGAUGUGGUAGGACAGGUUCUGUGGGUCAGGGCAGAGCUGGUUGCUCAAGAGGCAAGCCCCACAGUGCCCCACCCAUGGCUCUUUGGAGCUAGGCCAGUCUGUGAGGUUUGGCAAAGCACGGCGAACCUUCUCUUGACGGUUUCAGACAAGGCAGAUGGGCUUCUGUUGAUACUCCACUGUCCGCUCCCAGGUUCUGCAAGCCUCAAGCAGCUUAGCUUGCAAGUUACAAUUAGCAAUUCUGCGCGGUGCAAUCUCUUUCAUCACAGGAAGUGUCUGGAUGGAGGCUCCCCAGAAACACAGGUCCGGAAUAGAUACGCCGUCCUUGUUGAGGUCCUACAGGUGGCAGACAGUUCUACAGAACGGGGAGAAGGAACCCGAGUUGAACCAUGCAACAUGGGGCGGCGGCAGCCGGAAGGACAAGCUGCAGAAAUGGAGGCGAGCACAAAGCCAGCCAGAGACUGAGCAUUCUGAAUCUAGCCAUGAGCACCCACAAGCACCAGUGGCCCCCCAAGACAGCAGAGCUGCUGCUAAGAGAUCCGUCUUCCAGAGGGCUUUCUCCACUCCAGCCAAAGUGCCCAAGGCCCAGGAGAGAAGCAGUAAGAUGAGUUUAAGGAAGUACUUGCGCUCUGUGUCCCACCGAAGGAACCAGGAGGGGACCCUCCGAUCGGAAAGGGAGACUAAGGAAGCGAGCAAAGGUGAUGAUUCUUCUGUCCAGUUGACCCAACUGACUUCGGCUGUGCCAACGGAUGCAACCAUCUGGGAUGUGGCCAAUGUGUCGCUGGUGGAUCGACAGCUCAUGGUCUUGGGCAGAGAUGAGGAGGGUCUGCUCCAGAAUGGGAAACGAGCCAGUUCUGCUUCAGAGUCAAGUUUACUAUACCUGCCAGGUAUCCAGAGGGACAAUGAAAUGCUCACCGAGGGACGAAGCUUCUCAGACUCACAGACCCCUGAAAAAAGACCCUGCCAGGAGGCUUCCUCCGGCUCGCAGCUCAGCAACGUGAAGGGGCUGCUAUGGAAACGCAUCAAGGACCGGAAAGGACGGCUCCAGGCCAAGACUGACUCCUCUACUGGACUUGUUGCUAAUGGUAACAGGGAGGCCCUUCCUGGUCCAGCUGUUCUCAUGGACUUGGGCAACGAAAAGGAUGCAUUGGUCCGCCCACUUCACAACAGCCUUCUGGGAGAGCGGUACUGCUUUGAGGUGCUGAGCCCUGGGGGGCGCCGCUGCUUCAGCUGUAGCUCUGCUGCCGAGAGGACCCGCUGGAUGGAUGACUUGCGCCGACUUGUCCAGCCCAGUAUGGACAACUGCGAGCGGAUUGAACGCAUGCUGAGCCUCUGGGUGUACGAAGCCCGCGACCUGGUUCCCAGGAAGCGCUACCUAGGCGAGCUGCGACUGGAUGGGGUCCUCUACGCUCGCACCACAACCAAGGCAGCCAGCCCCGCUGGAGCCAUCUUCUGGGGGGAGCACUUUGACCUGAAGACUCUUCCACCAGCAGUGGAGCUGCAGGUCUGCCUGGUGCAGGAGGAGGACGGGCAGCAGCGGGCAAAGGGCAGCCCAGUUGCUGGCAUUGCCAUUCCCCUGAAGGAACUGGCUGCGGUCCGCCAGCCCUUGGAGAGGUGGUACCCCUUGGGCAGAGACAGGCCCAACACGCCCGCCCUACGGCUACGCGGACGCUACUGCAACAUCCGAGUGCUGCCCAUCGUGCAAUACAAGGAGUUUGCCGAGUAUCUCACCUUCCACUAUCGGGAGCUGUGUGCCGGACUGGAGCACAGCCUUAAUGCCAGGGACAAGGAGGAGCUGACGGGGGUGCUGGUUCGCGUCUUGCAAAGUACAGGAAAAGCCAAGGACUUUCUCAUUGACUUGGGUGUGUCAGAGUUGGACCGUUUCGACGAGCGCGAAGCACUGAUUUUCCGUGAAAAUACCCUCGCCACCAAAGCCAUCGAUGAAUACAUGAAGCUGGUGGGAGGCCCUUACCUGCUUUCCACACUGAGUGAUAUUGUCGCCCAGCCAUACACUUUAGAGGACAGCUGUGAAGUGGAUCCCAGCAAAUGCGCACCGUGUGACCUGGCUGACAACCGCAGCAACCUGCAGCACAUCUGCGAAGAGAUCUUCCGGAGGAUUGCUGUUUCUAGCCACUCCUUCCCAGCUGAGCUCAGCGAGGUGUUCACCGCCUGGCAGGAGGCAUGCCAGCUGAGGGGCAAAGCGGGCAUCGGGCAGCGCCUCAUCUCUGCCUCCUUGUUCUUGCGCUUCCUCUGCCCGGCCAUCAUGUCGCCCAGCCUCUUCGGCCUCACUCAAGAGUAUCCGGAUGACACCACCUCCCGGACCCUGACUCUGGCGGCUAAGGUUAUCCAGAACCUGGCAAACUUUACCACGUUUGGAGAAAAGGAGGCGUACAUGAGCUUCAUGAAUGAGUUUCUGGAGCGCAACUGGGGCACCAUGAAGUCAUUCCUCUGCAGCGUCUCCAGCCCUGGCAGUGCCAUCCACUUGCCUGCCUAUGACGACUCCAUUGACCUGGCCCUGGAAUUGUCCGUCCUGCACUCCCUGCUCUGCAACAUCUUUUCUACCCUGGAAGAGCGGACCAAAGACAGAUUGGAGCCUCUGCCCACAAUCCUCCGUGCUAUACAAGAGGGAACACCGGUUCCUGUCAUCGUUCGACUUGGGCCCAGUGCAGAGGACAGACAGGCGGAAAACCAGAAGCCGGGGUUUGUGCCGCCACGGGAGCUGGGCAAGCACAGUCCUCUGAUCAAGAGCCAGUCCAUGACCAGCAUCCAGAAAGGCCGAGGCAAGGAAGAGCCGCUGGCCCCUUUGCACCCAGUCAAAACCAAGACCAAAGUGCAACGCACCCAGAGCGUCCCGACUCAGAACAAGGCAGCCCGGCGUCUCCAGAAGCAGAGGAGCACCGAGCAUGUGGCCGAGAGCAGGGAGAGCAGCCCUCGACUUUGUGCCUCUUACCCAAAUGGCAGCAGCAAAGCAUCCCAGGGGUAUCCGAAGCUCCACCCAUCUGCAUCGCUGCCCCGGAAGCCCACUGUGCCUUGGCUGAGGCACUCUGAAGAAGCAGCUGCCCAGCAAAGCAGCCUCUAUUCCAUGCAUCCGCUGGAACAGUAUGGGAAGCAGAUGGAAGAGCUACAGAUGGAGCUGACCACAGCGAGGGAGAAGCAGCAACUCUUCGAAGAGCAGCUGGAAAGACUGACGACCCAGAACCAAAUGCUGCUAGAGGAGCAGGCCAAGUUUCAGGAGCGGGAAGAGGCUCUCUGCAAGAGGCUGGAGGAGACCGAGAGCUGCCUUGUGCAGCUAAGCACCAGGGUGACUAGUGUAGAGGCCAGCUGGAAGAAGGAUCACGAGAAGCUUCGAGCUAGUGAGGAGAAGACCAAGAAUCUGGAGCGCCGCCUGUCUGGGAUGGAGAGGGACCACGACCAGCUCCUCCGUGCCGUCGGCCAGAUGCUGGGAUAUGCAGGGAAACCGUCCAAUGCACAGCAGAAGCCUCUCUCAGGGCCUGUGUGGGUGGACAGGGCUGAGAAUGGUGACGAGACCUAGCCCGCUUCCCUUCGCUUCUGAAAAUGCCAAGCUGGCGCAUCUCCGUAGUGGAAACUCUCCUCUCCCAGGACAGCCCUGGAAGCCUCUCCAAGGGGAACCUUCCUGUACAUCGCUCUGGUGGAUCCUUCAGCUGGAGCCCACAGGGAACUUUGCUACAACCUCCCGUGCCUUCCUCUCGGCUUAGUUUCCGGCGCUACGCAGCCAUCGCCACCUUUUCAUCCCCGCCUGAGACGGCAUCCAUACCACAAGCCCCCGGUCUGCUUUCUGGCUGCAGCUUUCAUCUGCAA